AUGUCUUCAGCAACAAGUUCGCCUUCUGCCGCUGGCUCACCCACGAGCGUAACCUCAAAUAUCUUGACUCCAACGCGAAAAGUUCGGGCUUUGCUUGCACAGUUCGACGAUUCCGAAUCUGAUACGGCUACUCCUACCCAUGGCCAACAACUUCAGCAGGCUCCUGCUCCCGACGAUGUCACUGGGGCCGACAAGGACAAGCUGGAGAAUGCCUCGGACGAUUCGGAUGACGAUGACAUCUUAGCACCACGGCGACCCCGGUUUAUGAGCAACAGUAACUCCGAUCCAACUGCUCAUUCUCAGCAUGAUCAUGAGCAAGCCACGCCUCAACAAUUUUCCCGCCUAGAUGUUGACCAGCUCGAUGAGGACUCAGACGACCCAGAAGAGGAUGACCUCUUCGCAGAACGGCGCCCUUCAAAUACAAACCCGACGGGUACGCCCUCACAACGAUCACCUUCUCCUCUGUUCUUUCCAUCUCCUAAGGAGAAUAAGUCGAAGUUCCUCGCCCUCGUCGAGAAGCACAGACAGCAGCGGCUUGAAAAAGAAGCAGAAGAAAGAGCCAAGCAAGCUGCCCGUGCUGAAAGCCUGAAAUCCCAGGAAACAGAACAACGUAGGAUCCGUGGGUCGAGUCCGGCAGAUGACACGGAGGAGAGCGAUGCCUCUGAGGAAGGUGGGGGCAAGAAGCUGUCAAGACACGCACGACCGACACGAAAGGCCAGCAAGAAGGCCAUUGAAGAAAUGAAUCGCGAGACCCAGAGGAUGAGUCGAAACAUGCAACUUGCACAUCAAGCGCGGACAAAGAAGAAAAUAACAAAGGACAGCUUGUUGGCUCGGUUUAAUUUUGCCGUCGCCAGACCCACCUUUGCGCGAGGCAGCGAGCACAGUCCUACCAGUAGCUCCAGAGCUGCGUCAGAUAAUGAAGGGGACAAUAUCCACGAUACCCCUCCUACAAGCCCAGUCUCAGGAGAAGUAGUCAACCACCAAAAGGAGGUCGCCGUCGAAGAAACUAACAAGGGCAAGGGAAGAGCACCUUCUGUCGACCCCACGGGACAAGAAGCGCGCACAUUGAUGGUGCUUCGCGCCGACACAAUGGAUGAGCAGCCACUGAAACCUACUGUCAAGCCCUUGGACAAGUCGAUCCGAUCCAAGAUCCCACUGGCCGCGACGACCGUGUCGGACAGUGAUGAUACUGAUUCUGAUCUCGAAGUGGUCAUGUCUCGUGGCGACAUGCGCAAAUAUGCGGCGUUCGAGCAUUUACCCUCGCGAAAAGCCAAGGAGGCUCCGUCACACCUGGCAUUGCGUUCGCUUGCAAAUCUAAUAGGUGACGAUCUCAAGCAUUCCAUGAACGCAGCCGAAAUGGAAGCAUCAUUAAGGAGGGCAGCUCGGGUGCAAGCACGGCAGGAAAGAAACCAGAGGAUCGAAGAAUUAAAGGCCAAAGGAGUGGUGGUGCAGACGGCAGAGGAGAGAGAGCGCGAACAGCAGGAGGUGGAAGAUCUUUUGGAGCGAGCGCGGCAAGAAGCUGUGGAGAUUCAGAAGCGCGAAAAGGCUCUUGCGAAAAAGGACGGUACUUACAACAAGGACAACCUGGACGAUGACGAUGAAAGUGACGACGAAGAUUUUGCUGAAGACGAAGAUGGUGACCUGGACGUGGACUCCGGGGAGGAAGACGAGAGUGAUCUGGAGCAUCAUGAUGACGAUGAGGAAGGGGAGGCGGAGAAGGAAGAAGAGGAGAAAGAGGAUGAUGAAGAACCUGAAGAUCUGCAGGCCAAUCUUUUCGACAAUCAAGCUGAAGAACAGGAUUCCGCAGAGUCAUCGCCCUCAGACGCCGAUUCCGUUGAAGAAGACGAGCAUUUGGAUGUUGGAGUAGAAGAACGCGUUUCACAAGCUGAUCCCAUGCCACGAAAAAGCCGAACUACCCGUAUAGUCAGCGACGACGAGGAUGAAGAUGUCCUCCCUGCAGCACUACGAUCUCCACAGCUUCCUGCGCCUGCGAAGACCCCCUUAUCCAUAUCUCGCUCGGCGAGGAAACAGAUUCCAGGUCUGCAGAUGUCAGACGACCUUCCGAUCGGGCUAACGCAGGCGUUUGCCGCUACAAUGGCAGAUUCCCAAAGUCAGGCUAAAGGGAACACCCAAGAACAAGACAGUCUCACCAUGACCGCGGACCUGCCGUCGCCUAACAUUGCAAUGGUGCCAAAACUUUACCGUCUAGAUUCGGUCGAUAUGAUCACCGACAGUCAGCCAGCUUCUCAGACGCAGCCCCUGGAUAUCAACCUGUCGUUCUCCGCGUCUCAAGCAGUGACACAAUCGCCAGCGAAUCAUUCGGUGCUGCAUGGCGUGGACUUUACUCCUUCCCAGGCGCAUUUCGAACCGACACAGGAUGCGGGCUACGAACUGAGUCCGUUCCUGGGAAAUCGCUUUGCUACUGACACUCCCCUGCAGCAAGCACCGCACUCAACUGUAGAUACCGUUGUAUUCCCCAAUGUGCAAAACAGCCCCAUUAUGCAAAGAAAGGCAAGGCUCAUGCGUGGGCAUGUGAAUCUUGAUGAGUCGGAUGAGGAGUCGACCGACGCGAAGGAUCCAUCGGCUUUUGACAUCAUGCAAAGAGCAGCCAAACAGAGGUCUCGCGAAGUCUACGACAAAGCAAAGUCACGCGCGAGAGAGGCCGUUGACGAAGCUGCAGAAGAAUCUGAGGAUGAGUAUGCUGGCCUUGGAGGAGCGAGCGAUGAUGAGGUGAACGAAGAAGAAAACGAAGAAGACCGCAGAAUGAUUGAUGAAGAUACGGAGGUCGGUGUCGGCGAUGCAGCCCAACUGGCGAAGCUCUUUGCAGAUCGUGAACGUCAGCAGGACGAAGCAGCCGUUUCCAAGUUGCUGAAGGACAUCACGACGGGUGCACUGCGGCGGAAGCGUGGUAACGACGAUCUUGACCUCUCGGACGAAGAAGAUGCCGCAGUUAGAAGAAGAGAGGCAAAAAGAAGAGAGUUCGCCAAAAUGCGUCGAGAACUACUGAAGGACGAAGCCGUUGGCAAGAUUGCGGAAGACAAGAAGAAGGAGGCAUUCCUACGAAGUAUUGAGGAUCGGCCAGACAGCGAUGACGGCGAAGAUGACUUCUUUCCCUCGGAGACUCCUGGCGAGGGCGAUUCUCAGGUGAAGGACAGUCAAAGCUCGCAGCAGAAUGAGGAUGGUGACGGUAAAGAACGGAUGGCUCAGCUCCCAGGAAUGGGCGGUGCCCGACCGCUCGCCAUCACAGCAUUAUCGAAGCUGAAUCAAGCUGGGCGAUCAAGUCGAAUUUCCAAUGCUCUUCACAACAGAAGGCCUGGCAAUCUGGCAGAGAUUCGAGAAUCUGUAUCGUUCCUCAUCGAGGAGCCCGAUUCACAAGCAGGGAUCAUCGAUCUUGGUCUUUCGGAUUCGGAGGACGAGCCCGAGGCAUACGUGGAUCUCGAUCGACAUCUGCACUCCGCUACGGCGGAUGAGAAUGCCGAGGAAGCGGACGAUCUUGGUGAUUUUAUAGUUGACGAUGGUGCAGGUGAGCAUGGCAAUAAUGCCGAGGGAGAAGCAUUCAAGAAGCCCGCUUUACCUCGAGCCCCGUUCUCGGAACGGCGGACUGCACAGAGGACCACCAAUGUCGUCAACCGCCUGAGCAUGCUCCGUCAAGGAUCGUCUUCUUCUUCGGGGUCGUCGGGCAAUAAUACCAAAAUGGCAUUCUUCAGCGCGACCAGCUCUGUGACCGGCUCAUUCAACAAGGUCCCCAGCCUAUUGCGCCGCGCGACCACGAACUCAAGCUUGGGCAGCAAGGCUGGCAUGGCUGGCCGGGCGGAUGAGAAUGUAUCUGCCACGGGUGUGGUGACCAUCAACAAAACUACGGAGCGAGGCAGAGCCAGCGAGGAGAAGGAGUUUGUCAGGAAAGGAUCGGGCAGUCGACGAAACGCGGUCAAUUACAGACCGACCAUGCGCGAGGAGAAGAUGAGGCAGCGAGCUGGGGUUGCGAAGAAGAAGGCUGUGGCGGCCAAGGCUAAGAAGGGUGGCUUUUUGGGAGGGCUCUUGGGGGGAGGAGAUAGUUGGAAUUGA